AUGCACUCAACUCAUAUCUCAAUCAAGAGCGCCAACGAAAACUCGAAAAAAAGAAGAGGCAAUCCACUCAAACCCGCGGCCCAAGUUCAUAGUAACGACCAUACUGAGCACUAUGUGCACACCAGCCUUCCGCCUCAGAAAUUCGUCAAAAACUCUCAGAAUCAAGUUGAGGGAUACCCCAACCUUCAGAAGCUAUUUCGCUUGAAGGAAAAGCACGUUGCCCGACAUGCCACGAAGCCGUAUGGAUGUAGGGUUAACAUAGACGAAAUGAGUUCCACCUUGAAUAAUUGGAUUCAUUCGGACAAACUAGUGUUUGAAGUCGUUAUGAUAGGGUGUCUCACAGAUAAUCAGUUUAUAUACCCGCUAUUGACUUCUCUUCCAAUAGAUAGGCUGAUAUCGAAACCAGGUUUUCUAUUUAUCUGGGGAAGCGCUCAGAAAAUUAACGAGCUAACCAGGCUCUUGCAGAAUGAUGGAUGGGCAAAGAAAUUUAGAAAAAGCGAAGAACUGGUCUUUAUUCCAGUAGACAAAAAUUCCCCUUUCUACCCUGGUCUCGAUGACAAUGAUGAGGCUCUUUUUGAAAAAAUGCAAUGGCAUUGUUGGAUGUGCAUAACAGGGACUGUUCGCAGGGCUACUGAUGGCCAUUUGAUACAUUGUAACGUGGAUACGGAUUUGAACAUCGAAUCAGAGAACUUGCAAAAUAGCGCUAUCCCAGCUCAUCUUUAUAGGAUUGCCGAAAAUUUCUCAACUGCAACGAGAAGGCUCCACAUCAUACCUGCAAGGACAGGCACCGAAACUCCUGUUAGAAUGAGGCCGGGAUGGGUGAUAAUGAGCCCCGAUGUCAUAUUGGAUAACUUUGACAGCGUCGCUUAUCAGGCAGAAAUAGAGAGGCUCGGCACACAUCUUCCCCCGCGUAGUGAGAUCGAGGCUCUCAGACCAAAGAGUCCAACUCAGAGAAGGGGUCCUUGA